GCAAACUUCAGAUUUCUGCUCUGAGUUUGAGAGGAAGAAUGGAUAGCCUGAUGGUUGUUCUAGCGUCACUGUUGUCCUUUACUUUGAUCAAGGGCCUGAGUUCACUAGCAAGACGAGCCAAAAAGCAUCCUCCUGGACCAACACCUUUGCCCCUAAUUGGAAACCUCCACUUGCUUGGUGAUCUCCCUCACCAGUCCUUAGCCAAGCUCGCUAAAAUCCAUGGCCCCGUCAUGAGCCUAAAACUUGGCCAGUUAACCACAGUCGUCAUUUCCUCAUCAAGCAUGGCCAGAGAAGUUCUUCAAAAGAAAGACUUGGCCUUCUCCAGCAGAUCAAUUCCUGAUGCAGUCCAUGCACACAAUCAUUCCCACUAUUCUGUGGUGUGGCUACCUGUCGCUUCUCGGUGGAGAAGCCUUCGCAGAAUCAUGAACUCCAACAUGUUUUCAGCCAACAGUCUUGAUGCUAACCAGCACUUGAGGUGCAGAAAGGUCCAGGAGCUGGUUGACUGUUGCCAAAAGAAUUGCCAAACUGGUGAGGCAGUGGAUAUUGGCAGAGCAGGAUUUAUGACUUCCUUGAAUUUGCUGUCCAAUACCAUUUUCUCUAAGGACUUGGCCGAUCCAUAUUCUGAUACUGCAAAAGAAUUCAAGGACUUAGUUUGGGAUAUCAUGGUGGAAGCCGGCAAGCCCAACCUGGUUGAUUUCUUCCCUCUACUUAAAAAGUUUGAUCCUCAGGGAGUCAGGCGCCGCAUGUCCGUUCAUUUUGAGAAGGUAUUGAAAUUGUUUGAGGGUCUAAUAAAUGAAAGAUUGGAGAAUGAAAAUUCUGGAGACGAAGGGCGUGACGUGCUUGAUGAGCUGCUUACUACGAGUGAAGAAUCUUCCCAGGAGUUUGACAGGAUUCAUAUGGUGCACAUGUUCUUGGACCUAUUUGUAGCAGGGACAGAUACAACGUCAAGCACAUUAGAGUGGGCAAUGACAGAGUUACUCAAAAAUCCAGAGAAAAUGAGGAAAGCCCAAGCUGAGAUUGCAGGAGGCAUUGGCAAAGGCAAGGCAAUAGAGGAAGCCGACGUUGCUCGCCUGCCUUACUUGCAAUGUAUCGUGAAAGAAACCUUAAGGAUUCAUCCGCCAGUUCCAUUCUUGAUUCCGCGCAGAGUGGAACAGGAUGUUGAACUGUGUGGCUACAACGUGCCUAAGGGAUCUCAAGUGCUAGUGAACGCAUGGGCCAUUUGCCGUGAUGAAAUAGUUUGGGAGAAUGCUUUGGUAUUCAAGCCAGAGAGGUUCUUGGAAUCGGAAAUAGAUAUCCGGGGGCGAGAUUUUGAGCUGAUUCCUUUUGGUGCUGGGCGAAGAAUAUGUCCAGGACUAUCAUUGGCAGCUAGGGCAGUUCCGGUAAUGCUCGGUUCGCUGCUAAAUUCGUUCGAUUGGAAACUUGAAGGGGGCAAUACGCCAAAGGACUUGGACAUGGAGGAAAAGUAUGGCAUUACAUUGCAAAAGGCACUUCCCUUGCGAGCUGUCCCACUCCCUCUCUGAGUUCUGAUGUUCCAAAUCCCAGCGAGCUCAAAAUAAGGCCACCACAAUGUGAACAUGAUGAUUUAAUUGGCAGGCUACCGAUGUUGAUGUAGAUUAUCUGAAAUCUUGCAGCUUGUUUGCUAGUCAUUUUCCUAUGAAUAACGAGUGGUAAAACUAUUAUACAAUCAUCUAGGAGGGAAACUGUCAAUGAGUUUUCGUUGUUUAUUCUGGUGUAGCAUCCCUUAUCUUGCCCUCCCAAAUAAAGGUUUGCAUUAUUCAGCGACAA